AUGGUCUGCGCAACGAGGACCCCGAUCUUACAAGGGGAACCUCAUGAGCUGAAGCUAAGGGGAGGGCGUUUGUUCCCCAUUUUGGGAUGUUGCAACACCGUGUUUCUGACGCUUUGUCGCUUCGUCCUGCUGCGUCAAUCGUUCCUGCGACGCAUUCUUGAAGUUCCAAUCCCAGGGGCGCAGUUUCUCCUGCAGCUUCUCGUGGUGCUACCGCUGCAGCUCCUUCCGUUGCUGUGGUUUCUGCUUUUUGUAAAGCUCUCGCUGGCUCCCCUGCUCGGCUGA